UCCUAAUUCACUUCAAUGCUUCCUCUUAACAGCCUAGCUUGCCUCUUAGAUUUCUCUGGCAUGCUUAAUGGAUCUGCUCUCUGCUUCCCAUAUUUGCAAUCACAAAAACAAUAUUUAUCUUCGAACCAAUAAGCCAGAGGUAUUAUGAAGAGAUUAAAGCUUAACAGAUUGUUUGCAUCCCUCAAGCCCCUGAAGUGUUCGGAUUUCUUCAACCCAAUGCAUCCUGGAGUUGAAUUUUCUUUUCAAUCUUAAUUUCUUGGAAUUUGUGACACACACACGCACAUCCCAUUGUCAUGCAUUCUCGAUUUGUAUAAAGAAAAUUUGGCACUUGAUUUUUCUAUUUCCUUUGAAACCGUAAAACCUUGUGCAUGUACGAGUGCAGCCAUAAAAAAUGUUGAAUGGCAUCAAUCCCGGUUUCUACGAUUUCUCCGAGCAGCAGUUUCCCCAAGUCGUCACUCCUUCAGAGUUCAAUUCUGACCACAUUGACAACGCCGUGUUUGGCUCAGAUGAGUUCCGCAUGUACGCCUUUAAGAUCAAGCGAUGCCCGAGAGUGCGAAGCCACGACUGGACCGAGUGCCCCUACGCGCACCGAGGCGAAAAGGCCCAGCGCCGGGACCCAAGUAAAUUCAACUACUCGGCCAUCGCCUGCCCCGCCUUCCGCAUGAACGGGAAAUGCCCUAAGGGCGAUGCCUGUGAGUUUGCGCACGGAGUUUUCGAGUACUGGCUGCACCCCGCAAGGUACCGCACGCGUGCAUGCAAUGCCGGCAAAUAUUGCCAACGUAAGGUAUGUUUUUUCGCCCACACGCCCGAGCAACUGCGAUCGGAGACCAAAUACAAGUUCCAUUACGCUUACCGGGCACGAAAUAACGGUGGGGAUAGAUCAAAUGGAAAUGAGAGAGCCAUAUCAUCAGUACCACCGGUGCCGGAACAGUUGACGAGGAAGAAGAAUGAGAGUAAUUGUUUUGAUGGUGUUUCGGAGUUUUUGAAAACAUUGAGGGGCUUGAAGAUUAGGGAUUGCGAGGAGGCAGGGGAUCAGAGGAGCUCUACUUCUAAUUGCUGGGAAUUACCAGAUUCGGAUUUGCCUCAUCUCGGUUGGAUUUCAGAGCUGUUGCAGUAAAUAUAUAUAUAUGUGUGUGCUGCAUUUGAGAAGAUGAGACAUAUAUGUGUGUCGAUUCUUGAGAAACAUGAUAUAUGUUUUUGCGGGUAAAUAUGCGUAAUUACGUUUAAGUAAAGAUUGUUUUUGUUUACUGCCUAUCUUAAUUUGAGGACUCCAUUUGGGUAAAUAAUGUCAGCAUCAAGAUUAUCUAAAAGCCUUUGAAAGAA